AUGUCGAAUAAACACAAGUUUUUGGUACUAAAUCCUUCACCCGAAGGGUUAGAUAAGGUAAUAGAGAAAGCUAAUUUGCAAAAUCAAAAGAUUGGACCGUUUGAAGCGAUAUUGUUGUUAGGAGAUGUCUUACCGGAAGGCUCAAGUAUACCGAGCAACGAAUUUCAACAGAGUGCAUUUUUUACACAAGGAACUAAUGGUAUUAGUGAAAAUAUCCCAGAGGGGAACUCAGAGAGUAGGUUAGUAGAUGUGAAGAAGAAUUUGACGUAUAUGAAGACGCCAUUUACGAAAUUCAAACUUGCAUCGGGAUUAACCAUCGCCUAUUUAGCAGGAACAGAAAUAACCGAAGAAAUACAGCAAAAUGUAGAGAAAGAGAUGGGUGUGGGUAAGAUAGAUAUUUUGGUUACAUAUAGCUGGCCUUAUGCGAUUGCAAGACAGCGCAAAUUGUUGCUAGUUGCCAAUAACAAGAUUGAUUCCCUUGUCAAAAAAUUCAAACCUAGAUAUCACUUUGCAGUGGGAAAUGAGAGAGGAAGAUAUCUUGAGAAUGAACCAUUCAAAUGGGAGGAUGAUUCGAUCACCAGGUUUAUCAGCUUGGGUCAAGAAGGAAGCGGUGAAAAAUGGUUCUAUGCGUUUGAAAUUGCUAACGAAUUGACACAAACAUCGCCAGCACAAUUGGUAGAAAAUCCGUUCACUAUUCAAGUUGUAGAUACACCUGAGCCAGCAAAGAGGCCAAUUGAAGAUGUGGAGGAAAAGAAUGUUGCUCCAGUUAAGAAGGCCAAGGUGGUUACUCCUGAUCAAUGUUUUUUUUGUUUAUCAAAUCCAAAGGUUGAGACGCAUAUGAUUGUAUCUAUUGGUUCAUACACCUACAUGACCGUUGCUAAAGGUCCUUUGACAAGACCAUCUAAGAACUUGGCAUUCUCGGGACAUGCAAUCAUUAUCCCAAUAGAGCAUAUGGCGACUUUAAGAAAUACGACUGAUAAUAUUAUCGAGUCCCCGAUAUAUCAAGAAAUAGUCAAGUAUCAAGAUUCCUUAGUGAAGGCAUUUGCUGUUUCAAAACCCUUCUUGAGGCUUGUAUUUUUUGAAAUUAACCGCAAGACUAAUGUACACCAACAUGUACAAUUCUUACCAAUAGGUGAAAAUUUAAUAGAAGCUUUUCCAAAAGCACUAGAAGAAAAAAGUAAACUAAAUAAUGAGAAUUUUGAAAGAAACCAAAAGUUAAAUUUUGAUGAAUUUACGGAUGCUGAAAACCCCGAAUUAUUAAAAAUACUAAAUAAUUCAGAUUAUAUUCUAUUUACCGUAUGCCAUAAUGCAUCUGAUAAAACAUUCUAUGUUGCUGAAUUAAAAGACGAAUCUAAAGCUGUUGAUUUACAAUUUCCUAGGAGAGUUCUAGCAUAUACUUUGAAAUGCCCUAAAAGAACUUAUUGGGAUAAAUGUCAGCAAUCGAAAUAUAAGGAAACACAAGAAUGUGAAGAAUUUAAAAAUUUUUACAAAGAGUUCGAUUUUACUAAAUAA